UCCACAUCCAGCCUCCCUCGCCCUUCUUCCAGGAAGCGGGUCCGGUUGACUGAUGUUCUGCAGGAAUGCCGAGGAGCUCCGGUCCAUUCCUGAGAGAAUAGGAGAACCAAGGGGUCGUAGAGGGGCGUAAGGAGCGGACAUGGCUGCCAAGGAGAUCACAGUGUUCGGCUUCGUCAGUGUGAACAAGGAGAUGACAGAAAGCAUCAGGAAGAUAACUGAUAAAUCACCGAUCAAAUUUGCUCGUGGCAUUAAGCUGGACACCAAAAGUGGGAAGACAGAAGACAGGAUUCUGGUCCUCACAACAUGGCGUCUUUAUUUCCUCGCGCCAAAGAUACCUACCAAGGUAGAAACUACGUUUAACUUCUUGGAGAUUCGAGCUCUAAAUUCUCAACCAGACCAUCAGGUUAUUAUCGACACUGACAAGUCCAGCUUCACUCUGAGGUUUGAGGCUCGCGAGCAGCUCAAUCACGUGGUCAGCCAUAUCAAUUAUGCACUCUCCCGAAUAUUCAACAAUUCCAUCUUUGCCCCGUCCAUCUGUCACUCAGACAGUGACCUCUCAGAGGGGAGCAGAAAGUACUCGCCCAGCUCAGAGACUUCUGUGGAGACCCAGAGGGCCUGUGGAGGCUUCUCGGAGACCUACGCUGCUCUGUGCGACUAUAAUGGCAUCAGCUGCAAGGAGGAAGUGCAGUGGGAUGUGGACACGAUCUACCACUCUCAGGACAACAGGGAGUUUAACCUGCUGGACUUCAGCCACCUGGAGAGCAGGGAUUUGGCAGUUAUUGUGGCCUCUGUGGCCUAUAACACCUGGUUCACCAAGCUGUAUUGCAAAGACAUGCGCCUUGGGUCAGAGGUCACUGAGCAAGUCCUGCACACAAUCAGCAAGUCCUCCAGUCUCGAGGAGAUUACCCUGGAAAAUGCUGGCUUGAAAUCCGAUUUCCCUCAGAAGAUGUCUGCUGCUCUGUCAGAGAAUCCUGCAUCUGUCAUCCACUCCAUCAACCUGGCUCACAAUUCACUGGACAAUCAAGGAGUCUCAAAUCUAAUCCAGCAGGUGUGUCGACUCAGCAAGGGGCUCCGUCUGCUAAACCUCUCCAAGACUUCACUCACUUCUAAAGGACUGGUGUCCCUCUCUCAGGCUCUGUGCUCCAGUGACGAGUACUCAAACUCGCUCCUCCACCUGGACCUGAGCAAAAACCCUGGUGUUCUCUCUGGGGAGGAUUCCUCGAACUUGCAUCUCUUCUUGUCUCAGCCAAACUGCCUGGUCCAUUUGGACCUGUCGGGCACAGAUUGUUGCAUAGACUCUCUUUUCGGGGCUCUUCUUCGUGGGUGCUGUGCUGAUCUUUCUUUUCUGAAUCUAUCCAAAAAUUCCUUCUCUCACAGGAAGGUGAAGGACACGCUGCCGUUGUUCCGUCAGUUCUUCAGCUCUGCCUUCAGUCUCACGCAUGUCAAUCUCUCCUCUAUGAAGCUGCCACCUGAUGUUCUAAGAGCUCUCUUGAGUGGGUUGACUGUCAAUCCUCAUAUCAAUGAUCUUCAUCUGGAUAUUAGUGGCUGUGAGCUGAGGUCUGCGGGAGCUGCUGUCAUUCAGGAACUUUUCCCCAGAGUGUCCUCCAUCGGCACCCUGGAUCUCUCAGACAAUGGUCUUGACGCCGACCUCCUCACAAUGCUGCCGGCUUUUUCGAGACAUGCCUCCCUGAAACAUCUUCAUCUUGGCAAGAACUUUAACAUCAAAAACAGGGUGCUUGAUGAAGUCCUCCAGAAACUGGUCCAGCUCAUACAAGAGGAGGAAUGUUCUCUUCAGACUCUGUCCUUGACUGACUCACGACUUCGCUCUCGCGGCACGGUGCUUGUCAACGCUCUGGGAAGCAACACUUGUCUGCGAAAAGUCGACAUCAGUGGGAAUAACAUGGACGAUAUCGGAGCCAAGAUGCUGAGCAAAGCCCUGCAGAUCAACACCACCCUGAGGAGUGUGACAUGGGAUCGCAACAACACCUCCGCAGCAGGGUUUCUCGACGUGGCCCGAGCGCUUGAGCACAAUUUCACCCUACAGUACAUGCCAUUACCUUUAAGUGACAUCAGCCAGGCCUACCGCAGCGCCCCCGAGAGGACAGAGCAGGCAUUGACAAAGAUCCAGCGAGCGCUGGUGAGGAACAACCAGACACAGCGUUUCUCUCAGCGCCAGGCUCUCAGGCUCCAUCAAGGCUUGGUCACGAGCACUGCUGAGCAGGUGAUGGAACGCCUGUGCGUGCGUGUCCAACAGCAGGUUUGUAUACUACGAGCUGCUGGGGAGAUGGAGGAGAUACAAGCUGCUAAACAAGUGCUCAAAGAGGCCAGGAACUCUCGCGCGCUCUACCCUUCGCUAUGCGAGCUGGCCCAUGUGCUCUCUGUGGAUGGACCAGUCCGCCAGAGGCUGGACUCACUCGCAGGUGAACUUGCAAAAGCUGCAGACAAAGAACUUCAGGUGAUUGUGGACUCGAUGGUGUCGCUGUGUCAAGAACUUUGCCCCUCAUCUUCUUCCGCGGCCGACAGAUUGAGUCCCUCACUCUCUUCUGUGUCAGAGCGUGUGUCUGUCCCACGUUCAGCCAUCCGCACAGCCCUGAUGGAGAGAGCAGCUCAGGACAUUCACAGAGCCUUGGAAGAGGUGAAGCUGUCAGUGGUGUCUUAUCUCACAAACUCCGUCGUGGACCAAAUACUUCAGGACCUGUACGCCACCCACAAAACCCUCACGCGGCAGGUGUCCACCAUCAAGCGCUGGGAUGGGUCGUGGGAAGACGGAAGCGGCUGGAGGUAUAACAGACACAGAGACUCUCUGGACAUCACCGACGAGGAGCUCAGCACCAGCAUCGACACUAUAGCCAUUAAGAAGAGGAGUGCAAGAACAAGAAGGAUACGACCUGUGUCCACCAGGCUGAGUCUGUGUGAUGACUCCAGCUCGUCCCCUCCUCCAUCUGUGCCAUCGUACUCCUUCCCUCUGUCCCGCUCAGUGUCCUGGGAGGGACUGUCAGAGCUGCCCACCCAAGGUCUGCCCCUCCAUCACGUCACCCGAGUCCGGCCCAGGCCCCCGCGGAAACACAAAGGAGGACACGUACCUGCUGAAGCAUGCAGUGAAAAUGGUGGAGUAAGCCCCCUGGAUGAUGGACUCCCUGACUUCUACUCGAAGAGGGUCCUUCAUGACAGUCAGCUCUCUUCGCUGCACAAGGCACACUCACUGAGAAGGAAGAAGAGGAGGAACAUGCUGGCCAUCUUUGGUUUUCGGAAAAACCGCAAUCAGUCUCUGUCCAACCAGGAAACAGACUCUGAGUUUGAGUUCUACGGCGACGGCUGCCACACUGUUGCCACCGCUCCCACGGGGACAGCCACAGAGAAUGUUUACACGCUCCUUCAGCCGCCCCGGUCUGCGGUCCGAGCUGGAUCUCCUGGUGAGGGAGGAGACGGGAAGAGUCCUCCAUUGGUCCCAGGGAUCCCACACCCUGCCCUGGCUGGCGGGAGACACCCAUUUUACUCUCCAAGAGAGAAGAAGAAUGAGGUGGACGCCGAUGGGGAACGACCCGGAGAGGAGGACCAGUACUGGGCAGAUGACAAGCAGAGGACCACCGAGGUGCUGCAGGCUGAAAGGCAGUGGGUGGACAGACAAAGUGAACAGCAGGACGAGAGGCUGCUGGUAGCAAAAACAAUGGACAGACACGCUGACAGGUAUUGGACGGAGAGCAGGCAUCCGGAGAGACAGGUGGACAGACAGUGGACGGUGGACCGACACACUCAGCGGCAGAUUGACAGAAAGAUGGAGAGACAGUGGCUGGGUGGCCGUCAGAUAGACAGGUCCUGGUCUGAGGGCAGGCCGGCGGACAUCCAGGUGGACAGUCAGUGGGCCGAGAGCAGACAUUCCAGCAGGAAGUCAGAAAGACACCUUGCUCAACGGCCGCUGCCGCCUUACCCAUCGGACAGGACUCCUUCACCCAAGCAGGAGGCUGACACAAUGAGGAACAUUGAGACAUUUGCAGCUUUAGACUGGCACCUCAGCGAGCAGGACACCCUGGCAUGUCCAGAUGAAGGACGGAGAAGCUGCCCAGGAGGAGGACACGGGAAGGCUGGUCCAUCUUCAACAAAGCCUGAUCCUCCACCGCAGAGUAGCAAACCCAGCAAGCUGAGGCAGAGACACCGACUGGAGAGCGCCGACACUCUGCAGGAGGAGGAAGGUGACUUGGAGCAGGAGCAGGUGAAGCUGGAAAAGAAAGGGAGCGACAGAAUGAAAGAUUUGGAAGGGCACGCUCCUCCAGUUCCAGAUAAGCCAAAGACGUCCUCCUUUGUGACUUUUUCAAAAGAAGCUGCCAGUGAGAGGAGCCUGCCCCCUCCACCUCUGCCUCCUCCUGCCAUGAAGGCUGCACACGGACUGCCUGAGAGAGCGCUGAGUCAAGGUGAGGAGGGAGGGAGGCCCCUGGCUCCUGUGAAACCACAGAGGAACAGAAAGACCAUGUCAUGUGACGCAGGAACUGACAGGGAAAGCCCUAAUUACCUCGAGAAGCCCCCAAACCGCAAACCCCCCGUGAAAAAACCUAGACUCCCCCAAAACAGAAAUAAGUCGCUGGACUUGUCUGGUACUCGUCUGUUUCUAUCUCUGUGUGUUUGUUGGUGUGACAGACGGUCAGUGGUUCAAAUGGAAUUCUCAUCCACCCAAUUGUCUUCCCUCCUGUUCCUCACAGACAGUCUCAACAGCGCAGCAGGGCACAGCGAGCUCGUGUAGUGGCCGCGGAAUUCACCUUGUGUUGUCAUGACGACUGGGAUGGAGACAAGAAAAGGAGAAGAAAUGCAUCGCAGCAACAGGACACAGCAUUCACUUUUGGUCAUUGUUCAGUCGCUGUUCCGACUCUUUUCUUUUUUAUGUCCCUGUUUUAUUUGUUUAUUUUAUUUGUGGCUGCAGUGUUUUAACCGUGUUUGCUGAAUCCGAAAACCCACCGCUGUCGGGGGGUCUUUUGCGCCCCAGCUUUGCGUCCGUCUAGAUCGAGGAAAAUCGUCUUUUGUUAGAAUGUGAUUUCUAAACUGUGAUGCUUUUUCAACAGCCGACGCGCCUUGGAAAUGAGUUGCUUCUUAUCAGACGACUUGAUGAUUUAUAACUAGUUUUGCUUUCAACUCUUGAAAGGUGAUAUAUUUUCUAAUAAGAAAAAGAUGUUAUGAUUGAGCACUCCCUCUGUAUGAAUAAA